UUUAUCUAAAACACAGCUCUACUCUCUUUUUCUUUGCAAAGAAAAAACGGAGAAAGUAUCAGUGAUCAUCAGAGGCGCCCACUAUAUGCCUUAACUUAUGAGCUCGAUCUCACUGUAAUAACAAUCUCUUUUGCACAUUCAAUACUCGCCUGUUCUUUGGAAGAAGGACCAGGUUGUCGAGGAGAAACCACUAAUUUUAAACGAUACAAAAACAAUUAAUUUUUUUGAGACUGCAACUUUGGCUCCGUCUGUUAAUCUUUCAGUUUAGCACUCUCUCCCUUUUGAUUUGAUGGCGAUUGGUUGAUUGGAAGUAUGCCAUGUGAUAACAUGCAGUUGAGAAUUCUAUACCGUGGUAAGACUGUCAUGCUGAAUGUUGCUGCCAACCAGUGGGGCAGGGAUGAAUUCCACGAUAGAUGAUAUGAACUUGAUUCAGCAGGCACAGAGGCAUCACUUGGUGGUCAGGGAGCUUGGGGAGGAGAUUGAUCUGGAAAUUGGUCACGGUGAUGAUGACCCUUCCUUUGCUAAUGCCCCUUUGAUCGGUGGCCAACCACGUGAACCAUCUACUGAGGAGCAUGAAGAGGCCAAGAAUAUGGUAAUGGUAUCUCAACUUCCCAACGAGGAUCAAGAUAUGUCAAAGACACAACCAGUGAAAAGGAAGAAGAAGGUUGUAAAACGAUGGAGAGAGGAGUGGGCAGAUACUUACAAGUGGGCAUAUGUGGAUGUGAAGGAUGGAACUGCAAGGAUAUUCUGCUCUGUUUGCAGAGAAUAUGGCAGGAAGCAUAGAAGGAAUCCGUAUGGAAAUGAAGGCAGUAGGAAUAUGCAGAUGAGUGCAUUGGAAGAACAUAAUAAUAGUUUGCUUCACAAAGAGGCUCUUCGUCUUCAGAUAGCCUCCAAGGACAAGAUAAUUGUUGAUAAGCCCAUUUAUGUAAAAGCUCUCAUGUCGAAAACGGCUGGAACAAUUGUUGAAGCUGCACUUAAAAGGGACCCACAUGAGGCUGAAUUUAUACAAUCAGUGCAAGAAGCUGUUCAUGGUUUAGAAAGAGUAAUUGGGAAAAAUACUCAGUAUGUCAACAUCAUGGAGCGCUUGCUAGAACCUGAGCGGAUGCUUAUUUUUCGUGUUCCUUGGGUGGAUGACAGGGGUGAGACACAUGUCAAUCGAGGGUUUCGAGUGCAUUUUAACCAGGCACUGGGUCCAUGUAGGGGUGGCAUUCGUUUUCAUCCUGCUAUGAACUUAAGUAUUGCUAAGUUCCUUGGUUUUGCACAGACAUUAAAAAAUGCUUUAUCACCAUACAAAUUGGGAGGGGCGGCAGGUGGAAGUGAUUUUGACCCGAAAGGAAAAAGUGAUAACGAGAUUAUGCGUUUUUGCCAAAGUUUCGUGAACGAGAUCUAUAGAUAUCUAGGUCCUGACAAGGACCUUCCUUCAGAGGAGAUGGGAGUUGGUACUCGAGAAAUGGGAUAUCUCUUUGGGCAGUAUAGACGUCUAGCUGGUCACUUCCAGGGAAGUUUUACAGGGCCAAGGAUAUUUUGGUCUGGCUCUAGCCUUCGAACUGAAGCUACUGGCUAUGGUCUGGUUUUCUUUGCUCAGCUUAUGCUUGCAGACAUGAAUAAAGAACUCAAAGGACUCAGAUGUGUUGUAAGUGGUUCUGGAAAGAUUGCAAUGCAUGUUCUGGAGAAGCUUAUUGCCUAUGGCGCUCUUCCAAUCACUGUAUCAGAUUCGAAGGGAUACUUGGUGGAUGAUGAAGGAUUUGAUUACAUGAAAAUAUCAUUUCUGCGAGACAUCAAAGCCCAGCAAAGAAGCCUGAGAGAUUACUCCAAGACUUAUGCUCGGUCUAAAUACUAUGAUGAAGCAAAACCUUGGAACGAAAGGUGUGAUGUUGCAUUUCCUUGUGCUACCCAAAAUGAAAUCAACCAAUCCGAUGCCAUGAAUCUGGUUAAUUCAGGCUGUCGUAUACUAGUAGAAGGUUCAAACAUGCCUUGUACGCCUGAAGCUGUUGAAGUCUUGAGAAAAGCAAACGUUCUUAUUGCUCCUGCUAUGGCAGCUGGUGCUGGAGGG